UAUUUCUUUUGUGUCGGAAUCGUUUUUCAUUGCCGUCAAAUGAAUUCAAACAAUUUAUCAAAUCAAACGUUACGGAUCAAAUCAUCAAUCAUCAUACUCAUAUAGUAUUACAAGAGUCCAUAAAUGAAUUGAUCAAGUUCACGCGAUCCACAUUCAUAAUCCUUUCCCACAUCAUGUAAUAAUCAGUCUGUCCAAACCAAUCGUAGUUACCGACAAGUUAGAAUGGCAGCCGCUAAGGAGCCGGUGUGCGUCACCGGAGCUAACGGCUUCAUCGGUUCAUGGGUGGUCAAAACCCUUCUCGAACACGGCUACACCACCAUCCACCUCUCCAUCUUCCCCGCCUCCGACCCUUCCCACCUCUUCUCCCUCCCGGGCGCCGCCGCCGCCACUCUCCUCAUCCACGAGGUCGACCUCCUCGACUCCGCCGCAGUCGAGAAGGCCGUGGAGGGCUGCGCGGGAGGCGGGGUCUUCCACGUGGCGUCGCCCUGCUCGCUGGAGGACCCCGUGGACCCGCAGUCGGAGCUGCUCGACCCCGCCGUCAAGGGCACCCUCAACGUCCUCGCCGCCGCCAACAAGUUCGGGGUGCGGCGCGUGGUCCUCACCUCCUCCAUCUCCGCCAUGGUUCCUAACCCGGCGUGGCCCACCGCCACCGUCGUUGAUGAGUCUUGCUGGACUCAUCUUGACUAUUGCCGCCAACGCCAGAAAUGGUAUCCGGUAUCAAAAACUCUGGCCGAGAAAGCUGCAUGGGAUUUUGCAAGGGAAAAUGGUGUGGAUGUUGUAGCAAUAAAUCCCGCUACAUGUCUUGGCCAACUUUUGCAACCUGGAUUGAAUGCUAGCUGUGCAGUCUUGCUGCAGCUACUGCAGGGGUCGAAAGAUUCGCACGAGUAUCACUGGUUGGGCGCUGUGCAGGUCAAAGAUGUAGCUAAGGCACAAUUAUUGCUGUUUGAAACUCCUAAGGCUUCGGGUAGAUACCUUUGCACCAACGGCAUUUAUCAAUUUGGUGAUUUUGCAGAGAAAGUUGCAAGCCUCUUUCCUGAAUUUCCAGUUCACAGAUUUACAGGCGAAACGCAACCGGGGCUGGCUGCUUGCAAGGACGCUGCGAAGAAAUUGAUCGAUUUAGGAUUAAAUUUUAGUCCAGUUGAAGAUGCUGUGAGGGAGACAGUGCUGAGUCUUAAAGCAAAAGGUUUGCUGGGGCAGGAAAAGCCAUCAUCUUGAGUCAUUGUUGAAGUUAGUGAAAGUUGAGCACCUUUUCAUUGUUUAUUUGGUGUGCUUAUGAACCACAAUAAAUCAAUUUUCUUUAUCAAGGAGAAUAUUACUAGACUUUAUCUCCAUUAUAUUUAUGUCUCCCUUAUUGUAUAGAUCCAAAACUGUUGCAAACUUGAUCCAAUUCACACUUUAAUCUUUUAUUAA